AUGGAAACAACAGAUGAUGCUGGUGAGCAACCUUUAGGAUGGGCUGGCUGGAUGAGCGAGAAGGUACAGAAUGGCACAAUAGCAGUAUUGGACGAAAUAAAAUUCUGGGGAGAAGUAUUUGUAGAUUACUGGAAUCAAGACGAUGCUGAUGCAAUGGAACUACUCAAAGAAUACGAAGAAGCUAUGCAAACAGAAAAGCUAGCUAAGCACGGGCACACCCACGAACAAGACGUAGCCACCUAACCACCACCCCAUAUACAUAACUAACACAGUUUCAGUAUCUAAA